AUGCAGGAUUGCAAGGAAGCACCCCGAGGGCUACACGCCUCUGGUCUCCUUCACGGCGAUUUGGUCAAGGACAGUAUAUUGAUCACAAGCGAAGGGCUGAAAUUUAUUGAUUUCGAGCACUCAUCUGCACCCCCAGGUAAUGACCUCGAGCGCUGGAAUGCCAUGAAAGAGCAAGAACUUUGCAGCCUUGAAGCGGCUCUGCUGGAUACUUCAGGCAAGGGUCGGCGCUGGGACUAA